AAGUAAUAUCAGUGGUCAGUCAGUCCACCUACUUGGUGUUAAAGAGACGCUAUGGCCAUUGCAGGGACAGCUCCUUAUUCACCGUUUCUCGGAAAUACUAUUCCUUUCCACUUUGGGAAAUCCCCGUCCGUACAGUUUACCCACAACAAUUCAGUUUGCAUUUUUAAAGUCAAAGCAUUGUUUUGGGGUUCUAGAAAAACUGUGCAGCCUGCUGCUGAUAACGUUCUUUCACUUGGGCAAUUCACUUUAUCAGGUGCUGCGGAUUCACAGGGGGACAUGGGAGCGUCUGAAAAGAUAUCCAUUUCUGUGGUUUCCUCAAUCUCAGCAGUUUCACCAGACGAGUGGGAUUCCUGCAGUCUGGAUUCCACAGGAACUCAACAGUUUAAUCCCUUUCUGUCACAUGGUUUCCUUUCGAGCUUAGAGGACUCUGGCUCUGCGGUGGAGGGAACUGGCUGGAUGCCACAACACAUCAUUGCAAAGGAUGAAAAUAAUAAUAUCUUAGGUGUUGUUCCCCUCUAUCUCAAAAGCCAUUCUUAUGGUGAAUAUGUGUUCGAUCAUUCUUGGGCAAAUGCCUACUACAAUUAUGGUUUGAGCUAUUAUCCGAAGCUGCAGUGCUCGGUACCUUUCACUCCUGUUACUGGCCCGAGGAUCUUGGUCCGUAACACAUCAAAUAGAGAUCAAGUCUUUGACAUUCUGGUCUCUGCAAUGAAAGAUUUGGCAGUCAAGUUCAACGUUUCAUCUCUACAUAUUACUUUUCCCACCGCAAAUGAGUGGCACAAGCUGAAGGAGAAAGGUUUCCUGCAAAGGAUUGGAAUGCAGUAUCAUUGGAAAAAUCGUAAUUAUAAAAGCUUUGAUGAGUUUUUGAUGGACAUGAAGCAAAGUAAGAGGAAGAACAUUCGUCAAGAGCGCAAGAAGGUAUCGGCUCAAAAUGUGACCAUGAAACGCUUAAGAGGAUAUGAAAUCAAGGCUAGCCAUUGGGACACGUUUUAUAAGUUCUACAGAAAUACAGCCGACAACAAGUGGGGUACUGCUUAUUUGACGAGAGAUUUUUUUCAUCAAAUGGGUGCAAAGAUGGAUGACAAUGUACUGCUUAUUGUUGCUGAAGAAGGUGAUGAGCUUGUAGCUGCAGCCCUUAAUCUUAUUGGAGGAGAUACCUUGUAUGGACGACUAUGGGGAUGUCUCCCAGGAGCCUAUUAUGCGAAUUUGCAUUUUGAAGCAUGUUAUUACCAGGCCAUAGAAGCGGCGAUUGAACUUAAUCUUGGCACAGUAGAGGCUGGUGCUCAAGGUGAACACAAAAUUCAGAGGGGAUAUAUGCCAGUGACUACUUACAGCUGUCACUAUGUUCUAGAUGAGGAUUUUAAGCGAGUCUUUGAUGAUUUCUUGGUACGAGAAUCUACUCAGGUUAAACUUGUUAUGAAAUUAUUACAGGAUGAUGGUCCCUUCAAGGAGAAUGUAUGGAGUUGAUUACGUGUUUAACAUUCAACGUUUAUAAAUCGCCAGCUGUUCCCUGUUGAAAGGUUCUCAAAAAUUAUAUUUCACCAAUCAGAGUGGCAUAAUCAUCUUCUGAGGACAGAAAAGAUCAAUUCAAGCUGUUCUGCAGCAUAUUCACCAAUAUACAAAGACUAAAUUUGGAGAAACUGUAAAUAUCUAAUCAGAAUGCAGUAAGAAUCUUCUUAGCCAUGUACAGAAAAUGAUCAAUGUUCAUCCUGUAUAGAAUAGUUCUUCAAAACCUUAGUCAUACACGUACCAUAAGUUCUACUUACUAUUUAUCUUGUUUAGGCGUUUAAGAGAUGAAUUAUUACCGUAUUCAUUUAUGAAAAGAUCAGUAUUAGAGAGA